CACCGCCCUCGCCGGCAUGAAGCCUCCGCAGCGGCGGCGAGCGGCCCCGGCGCGCUACCUGGGUGAGGUGACCGGCCCCGCGGCCUGGAGCGCCCGCGAGAAACGGCAGCUGCUACGACUACUGCAGGCGCGGCAGGGCCAGCCGGAGCCGGACGCCGCUGAGCUGGCCCGGGAGCUGCCGGGCCGCAGCGAGGCGGAGAUCCGGGACUUCCUGCGGCAGCUCAAGGGCCGCGUGGUCCGGGAGGCCAUUCAGAGGGUGCAUCCCGGUGGCCCGCAGGGUCCGAGGCGCCGGGAAACACAGACCCCGGCCCCCAUCGAGGUAUGGAUGGAUCUGGCUGAGAAGAUAACAGGCCCACUGGAGGAGGCCCUGACUGUGGCUUUCUCACAGGUACUCACCAUCGCGGCCACCGAGCCCGUCAGCCUCCUGCACUCCAAGCCCCCCAAGCCCACACAGGCGCGUGGGAAGCUACUGCUGCUCAGUGCUUCUGGAGGGCGGGAGGACUCCAGCCCUGACACCCCGGGCCCCGCCCCUAAGGCGAAUGGCCCCGCCCCCGAGGCGCCUUGUGCAUCCCUGGCUGAGCCCUCGGUGGAAGAGGACUUCUCCGUGGACUUUGAGAAGAUCUACAAGUAUCUGUCGUCCAUCUCCCGCAGGUGCCAUGGUCCUGAGCUUUCUGCAGCUGAGGCGGCGGUGGUCCUCGACCUGCUCUUGGCACUUCCCGAGGAGCUCCUCCGCCUGCCCUGCAAUGCCCUGGUUAAACACAUGUCGGAUAUGUAUGUGCACCUGACAGGCCCUCAGCCGGACCCAGCCAUGGAGGGCCUGGCGCCCGGAGCUGAGGAUGCCGGGACAAGCUCCCUGGGGCGAGAGGAGGCCAGCCAGGCCGUGCCCCUGGCUCCGGAGAAUGCCGGGCCCAGUGAACCAAGGUCUGCUUGGCAAGCAGCUGGGGUCUGCCCCCUGAACCCAUUCCUGGUGCCCCUGGAAUUUCUGGGCCAGGCAGCCAGCCCUGCGAGGUGA